AUUGUUAAUAAAUUGUGAUUAAAUUAUGAGGUUUUACAAGUCAUUAGUCAUAAUCACUUUGCUUUGCAUUACAUCCACUAUCGGUGACAUCAAUAUACAGGACAGAAGGAUACGUGAGGCCAAACAUUUAGACGAUCACCGCAUUGUUAAUGCUGUCGAUCGCAGAACUGGAAUCGAUAAAUAUGAAGGAAGCGAAAGACAAAGUGCUGAAUAUCGUCGCGAUUUAAAUGAACAAAGAGUUAGUGAGACUCGCGACAGACGAAUGGAUGAAACUCGUGACCGACGGGUAGACGAAACACCCGAAAGACGAAUGGACGAGACUCGCGACCGACGAAUGGAUGAAACUCGUGACCGACGGGUAGACGAAACACCCGAAAGACGAAUGGACGAGACUCGCGACCGACGGGUGGACGAGACUCGUGACCGACGAAUGGAUGAGACCGACGGGUGGACGCGACCGACGAAUGGAUGA